AUGGCCAAAGUCAACACUGGGUCGUCCCGCUGUAGAGCCAUGAUUAUGGCUGGCCAGUUUCUGUCGAAAUCUUCGGCCGUGGUUCAGGACAACAGUCAGCGUGUGUUCCCGAAAUUAAAGCGGCACAUGAGCUCUCCCGGUGCCGCUGGUGGUUGGAGCAAAAUCCCGGCUUCUUUGGCCCAGCCAGAAUCUCCCAACUGUGUCACUGCUGCCGAUCGACACGUGUUAUCAAAUCGUACACUCAUUUACCGGGACGUCAAGGCAUUUCUCAGUGAAAUAGGUGGGGACCCACGGGAGGCUCGCUACUGGCUGACGCAAUUCCAGAAAGCACAUUUAACGCAGUCUCCUGCUUUCGCAGUGCUUGAGGUCGACAAAUCCGUUUUUGAAAGCCGGGAAAUGGUGCAAAGCUUGGCCUUCGGGCUCUCUUUUCUGCAGCGGAUGGAUAUGAAGCCCGUGGUGGUGAUGGGGCUGACACAGACUGAGGAGGCAGUACCAGCUGAGGCCAUCCUCAGCUCCAAGGCCAGCGUGGUCAAGCACUGCCAGGCACUGACCGAGGUCCUACAGAACAACUCAGCCAGCGUCAUGCCCUUCUUCAGUGCUGAGGUCCUUCUCCUUGUCCAAGAUCCUCCACUGGGAUCCACCGGCAGACCCUCCAUUACGGUGGACGCCGGCCUGCUGCAGUGGAGCCUGGACUGCGGGACCAUCCCCCUGGUGUGCCCGGUGGGUCGCAACAUGGACGGCCGCUCGGUGGCGCUGGACUCGGUGGGCGUCACCGCCGCCAUCGCCAAGGUCCUGCAGCCCCUCAAGGUCAUGUUCCUCAACAGCUGGGGAGGCCUCCGGAACCAGAGUCAGAAGGUGCUGGGCCAGGUGUCCUUGCCCUCCGACAUGCCCAUGCUCUUACGGGCGUCGUGGCUGGGCUCCGCGGAGCGGCAGCGCGUCGCCGUCAUUGACCAGCUACUGAACCAACUGCCCUGCGAGUCGUCCGCGGUCAUCACCUCCGCCAACACGCUGCUGACCGAGCUGUUUAGCCACAGGGGUUCGGGGACCCUGUUUAAAAAUGGAGAUCCCAUUCACAGGUACAGUAGCCUGGAUGAGAUUGACGUGAACCGCCUUCUUGCCCUGAUUAACAAGUCAUUCCAGAAGAAUCUGAAAGAAGAUUACAUCGCCUCUUUGAAAGGCAGGCUCCACUCCAUCUACCUGUCUGAAGGGUACAGCGCGGCAGCCAUCAUCACCAAGGAGCCGGUGGGGGGCGGCACUCUGUACCUGGACAAGUUUGUGGUGAGCAGCAGCAAGCAGGGCCAGGGCACGGGCCAGAUCCUGUGGGAGUGCAUCCGGCAGGACCUCGGCAAGCUCUUCUGGAGGUCCCGCACCACCAACCGCAUCAACCCCUGGUACUUCAAGCACUGUGAUGGGAGCUUUGUUAAUGGCAGCUGGAUUGUCUUCUGGUUUGGGCUGUCUGACAUCCGGGAGUCUUACGAGCUUGUGGAGUAUGCCAAACGUGUUCCAGACUCUUUCAACGGGACAGUGUUGGUUGAAGCCCCCCAGGCCCCUCCCCAAGUCUCCUGAGUUUCACCCCGUCCUCCCUCCACCACCCUAACCCCCCUGAGUCUCAGCUUUUG